AUGUUUUUGCUGCGCAGGUUGCUCGCCUCUUUAUGCGUAAUAAUCGUGAGUGUGAGGCAUCAGCACACGAGGGUUGUUUGGUCGAACAAGUUUGCGGCGAACGUGCUGAACAGCGGCACACGUGUAGGGGAACCACCCUGGGGAACGACAAGGAAAAAUGGCCUCUUCAAAACUGAGAAGAAGAAAAACGCGACAUCACAACAUUGUUACUACUUCACUAAGGAGAAAAACAAAAUAGCAAAAAAAAAAAAAAAAAAAUUUUCCCUGAAUUAUUCUGGAAACCCCAAAACAGCAACAAGGGGGACAAAAAUAAGAAGACAUUAUCCCCUCCUUUUUAUAUCCCCCUCCUCAACGUCAUUAAACGAGAUUACUGAAAGUGUGAAGGCUCUGUUCAACUUAGAUUACAUAGAAAAUAGCUACUUCUAUUCGUAUAUCAAGUCGUUUAAGAGGACCCCCCCGUUAACGAAACUUUACCUUCUUUGCACCUUCAUCUUGAGCAUAUGCAUGCAUGUAAAUAAAAAUAUAUACAAGCUGAUUGUGUUCGAUUUUGGGAAGGUAUUCUACGAGGGUCAAGUGUGGAGACUAAUUACGCCCUAUUUUUAUAUAGGCAAUUUAUACCUACAAUAUUUUCUCAUGUUUAAUUACCUACACAUCUACAUGUCUUCCGUCGAAAUUGCACACUACAAGAACCCAGAAGAUCUAGUAACAUUCCUCACGUUUGGCUACCUGUCAAACCUACUCUUCACAAUAAUAGGAAGUAUGUACAAUGAGAACGUAUUGAACCUUCAAGGGUAUGUGAAUAAACUUAGGAGAGUUAUUUUAUCAGGGGGUAAGAGUAGCACUCCCACCAAGACAGACACAACAGAUGUGCGUAUAUCCAAAGAACAAUACAACCACCUGGGUUAUGUUUUCUCCACCUACAUACUGUACUACUGGAGUCGGAUCAACGAAGGUACCCUGAUUAACUGCUUUGAGCUCUUCCUCAUAAAGGCUGAGUAUGUGCCAUUCUUUUUUAUUGUACAGAAUAUUUUACUAUACAAUGAAUUUUCUCUCUUCGAAGUUGCCUCCAUUUUGUCCAGUUACUUUUUCUUCACUUAUGAGAAGAACCUGCAGUUGAAUUUCGUGCGGCGCUUCAACUUGGCUAUCCUCAAAGCGUUGGGCCUCUACCCCAUGUAUGAGGCCUACAAGGAGGAGUAUGAGUAG